UUAUUUUACUAGCAGCAAUGAGCGCCACAACACGAACUGGAUUAGUUCCCACGCCCAAGAGGCAUGUCAAGUACCUUAAAAAGCGAAAAAAUCAGCAUGGAGAUUUUUCGCGAAUGCCACUCAAGUUCGAGGCUACGCCCAUGCCGCUUUCGCUACGCCCCUUUGGAGGGCUCUUUAACCCCUUUGCCAAGGGAUGCUCGGUGCUGUGCAACCAUCCAGCUCCCUCUGGGGUUAAGGAUGUUAUCAAUCAGCUGAAGACAACGCUGGCGAUCGAGGGCAAAAGUCAGCAGCACGGAAAACAGGACAAAAUUCUCGAAGAGGCGGAACAGCAGCCUCAUGAGGACAAUAUUCCAGAGGAUCUGUUCCGGCGAUAUGCGGAAACGGACUCGCGACCGAUGACCCCAACUCCCACGGUGACAAGCAUCCACACCAGAACCAGUGCCAGUGCCGGAUCCUUCUACCGACGAUGCAUAACCCCGGAAUGGGGAAAACACGAGAACAUUAAGAGGAAGAAGAUCAUAUUGGACCUGCGAAGGUCCCACUCCCAGGAGACUCUCUACUGGAAGCCCAGUUCGGACCUGACACAAAGCGGCUUGGAUGAGGACAAGAAACCCAAGAGCGCGGGGGCCAACGAGGACAAGAAGCCCAAGAGGCAGCCCUCCAACGAGCAGAGGCCCAAAUCAUCGCUGGCCACUGCCAAUUCGGCUCCAGGAGGAGAUGCCACCAGUGAUCUGGAGGCCAAGCCCAAGGGCUGCAUCAACGAACACGAACUUAGCGACGAGGAUGUGCGCAGGGGCAAGAAACGCAAGAAGCUGAAGCCAGCUCAAGCCACCACCACCUUCCAUCUGAGUGAGGAUCCAGAGACCCAGGUGGCUGCUCUGGGCCCCGAUUCACUCAAUCCCAGUACCAGACCUAGUUUAAUCCCAAAUUCCCUCACCUUGCUGCCCAAGGAUAAAAGGGAGGCUGAACGAGAACCGAUCCUUUUGAAGGGAAGUUUUCUCACCGAUGAAGCCUUUCAGGCCCUGAAAACCGAUUUGGAUGUGGAUCUAAUAGAAAACACAUUUGGAAGAUAUCUCAAUCGUGCUCUUAGAGAAGCCAUUAAGUACAUGCCACCCAAACCCAAAACGGUGCCUAAACCCGUUGAAGAUAAAGUUCCUCCAGAAACCACGUCCAAGAUGCCGCGAAAGUUCUCCAAAUCAGCGACGAGAUUCGAUGUGCCCAUGGAUCUUUCUAUGCUAAAAAAUAUGACCCCGUGGGACUAUUUGAGCAAGUGCGUCUGGGUGUCGCAGCAGAGAAAGCAGCUAUAUAAAAGAGUAUUUUUAAAGUAUUUGAGUCGAAUCGAGGAGCCGGAAAGUGAGUUGGCGGCCAUGGGAAACGACGAACUGCCGGAAUACAAAUAUAGGGAAAGAACCCUCGUCUGGCAGAGUCUCCCGCAAGCUCUAGAGGAUGUCCUCGAGUUCCAUGGCACCGAGAAAAAUGUGAAAGGCACUCUCAGAAUGUUGGGUUACGAGCCUCAAGGAUCUGGUGACCUAGACUUUCGAGCCUGGUGCGGAAUCGUCUCAUUCGCAGAGAGAUUGGCACUCGCUGAUGAGUCAGGAUCUGAUGAUUCAUGCGACGAGUUGGAAAAGGCCGACUUUAAUAGCAUGGAGCAAAUAAUGCCAGAGUUUGCUGUGCCCGAAAAGCUUAAGGAAAUUUUCAACAUAAUUCGCAAGACGCAUAAAACUAAAUAUUGA